GUGUUUGGCAGCUGCAGAGAUAGCGGGGCGCCUAUCGGCCGGCGAAGCAAGUUCAUUCUUGGCUGUGAAAUCAAUAAAUAAAGCCCCGAAACUGCAACAGAGACACAGCAGCCAAGGAGUCCAAGGAUAGAUGCUGGUGCCCCGGCCAUGCAAUACUCUCUAAAGUCACUCCAUAAGAAAGAGAGAGAGCAAGAAAGAGGGAGAGCGAGCCAGUGAGCGGGGAGUGGAGCGGAGGAGACGGACGUCGUCAAUUAUGGAGCUUCGGGAAUUACGCGGCAAUGGAGGAGGAGGAGGAGGAGGUGGCGGCGGCGGGGGAACCGGAGCAGGAGGAGCCACGACUGGCAGAGCUGCAUCAGGAGGUGGGUCAACUCCAUCCCCAGUCAGUCCAGAGCUGGGCGGCAUCUGCAUUGGCGGCUCCGGCGGCGGCGGUCAGCGUUUGCCCACAAAGGCUGAUGUGUUCAUGGAGCAGCUGAACGCCACAAAUGCCAAGAAGGUGGCCCUACUCCUAGUGCUGGGCUUUAUACUCUACCACGGCCUGCUUAAUUGGAACUAUGGUAGCGACUCCUGCCAGUGGCUGCUGUCCAAGGGCCGCUUCAAGGGCGACAACGAGUGGCAGCCGUACGGCUGCAUGGUGCACAAGUACUCCCUCACCGAUACGCGGCGUUGCCUGCGCUACCUUGCCUUCUUCGACAACAAGAACAACUUUGUGUUCAUCGGCGACGCCAGUGUCCGCCUGCUGUACGACCGUUUUGUGGAGCAGCUACGUCUGCCCAAGGAUCAGGAUCAGGAGCAAGCGCAGGAUACCGACGACAAUAAUGCCAGCCGCUCGGCCCGCUUCGAGGACCAAAAGCUACACAUGUUGGCCCAGUACAUCCAAGCGGAGGAGGUGAGUCCCUCGCUAGUGGAGCGUCUGUAUCAUUUGGAGGCCGAGAAGCAGCUAUCCUCGGUGUAUGUGGUGGGCUUCACCUAUGCCGGUCUCUUGGCCGGCAACACCACCGACGAUGUGCUGCGUCAAUAUGCCGCAAAUCUCACGCUCCUCGUGGCACCCUUUCAUCGUUUGGUGGCCCAAACGUCGCGUGUGCUCUGGAAACUGGCGGAUCGCGUGGAUGAGGAGAAGUUGCCCGCCAAUUGGAAGCUUCUGCAGAACGAACACAUCGAACGGCUGAACAACGUGGCGCGUGGCGUCUUCCGCUACACGGAGGUCAGUGUGUGGGAAUCCGCCUGGCACAUAGCCAACGGACUGCUGGACAAUGCCGCCGAGGGGCAUCAGCUGUGCGCCCAUGGGCAGCGGCUGGAGGUGCAGCUGUUGUGGAAUAUGUACUGCAACGAUUACAUGAACUACAACGAUGGCACCUGCUGCAGCAGCUCCGAGCCGCACACCACGCUCCAGAUUGUGGCAUACGCCUUGUUCGGGGUGUGCAUGUGCCUGGUCUGCGGUUUGUGUUUAAGACGAUGGAUGCUUCAUUUGCAGGGACAGACACUGUAUGUGCCGCUACAGCAACAGGAGCAGCAGCAAUAUCAGUCGCAGGAUGGCGUGCGAGGAGGAGGGGGAGCCAGCACGCCUAUGGUAUCCCUGUCCCUGCUGGGACUCAUCCUGGCCUACUUCUACCUCUGCGACCGCACCAACUUCUUCAUGAAGGAAAACAAAUACUACUCGGAGUUCAGCUUCUGGAUACCCGUGGGCUAUGUCUUCGCCUUGGGCCUGUUUUUCACCGAGGAUUCGCGGUUUACCAAGGUCCUGAAUCGUGAUCAAACGGAUGAGCUGCGAGGGUGGAUACUGCUGGUUGUGCUUAUAUACUAUAUGACGGGGGCACAGCGCAUCCUGCCCAUCCAUAUGCACAUUAAGCUGCUAAUCUCCGGUUACUUCUUCCUCACCGGCUACACGCACUUCAGCCACUUGUGGCAGACGGGUAGCAAUGGUGGCUCGUUGUUUGUGCGUUUCUUCCAGGCCAUGUUCCGGGCGAACUUCCUCAGCGUGCUGCUGUGCUUCUGCAUGAACCGGCCGUAUCAGUUCUAUUACUUUGUUCCGCUCCUCUCCUUCUGGCUGUGUGUGGUCUACUUGGUGCUGGCAUUGCCUCCUCGGAUCUCUGCCGCCUCAGUGGACGCCAAUCCGUUGCAUUACCUCUAUUUGGUGUGCAAGUUUAUAGGAUGUCUCGGUGGAAUCACGGUGCUGUUCAUGUCGGAGGUAUUCUUUGAGCGAAUCUUUGUAACGCGUCCCUGGAAGGCGCUGUUUGUGACGACGGACGAUGAUCUGCAUGAAUGGUGGCACCAGUGGAAGCUGGACAGGUAUACGGUGGUCUUUGGCAUGAUCUAUGCCGCCUGCUUUCACAUCGCCCAGAAGUAUAGUGUCUUUGAUGACAACAAUCAUGGGAAUCUCUUUGCGCGACGCACCUCCAUCUCGGUCACCCUGCUGGCCCUGCUGGGGGUGGGCGUGUACACCGCCUUCUCCUUCCUGUGCCGCAACGUUCAGAACUGCGAGGAGAUACACUCGUACAUCCUGUUUAUACCGAUAGUGGGCUAUGUGGUGUUGAGGAACAUAUCGGGCAUAUUAAGGACACGCUACUCGGCGUUCUUUGCUUGGUUCGGAAGGAUCUCGUUGGAACUGUUUGUCUGCCAGUAUCACAUUUGGCUGGCCGCCGAUCGUCAUGGUGUGCUUGUGCUGCUGCCCGGGUUUCCCACGCUGAACAUGAUCAUCACAUCGUUUAUAUUUGUAUGCGCCUCGCAUGAGGUGCACCGGCUGACGCAGAUCCUGCUGCCGUAUGCAGUGCCCAGCGACUGGCGGCUGGUCAUGCGCAACUUUGUCAUCUUCCUCAUUGUGCUUAUCCCGGUGGCGAGGUCGGACGGCAUGUUUUGAUGGGAGAGUAACCAGCUCGAUCCUAAUCCUUAUCCUGAGCGAUCUGCAAUCCAAUUGCCGCUUCGAGGAGAGAGAAGACCCCAAAGUAUUCGAUGGAUAGCAGCUCCUGCCUGAAUAAUAAAAAAAAAGAAAAAAAAAAAACAUACACAUAGAACAUACAAAAACGUGCACUUGCCGGAAUGGGUCGGUUUUGAUCUAAAGAAAAGUUCUAACCUUCACGCUUAAUAUCUCAGUUUAAGUUCCCAAAAAGUAUUAGUUUUCGAAAUUCAAUUUGGUUAUUAGGAUGCUUAUUUUUAUACUUCUGCUAUAAUCGAAUACUAAAGCUGGCAGGAAAUACCUUUUGGUAGCCAUAACAAAAAUCGACCCACUCUAGUUUAACCAUAUAUAGUGCGUAUCAUAGCUGUAAGAAGCAAUGUUGUUGCUAUAAAACCUUAAUUAAAAAUAUUCGCCAUUUGCUAAAGCAUAAUUUUUAAGCUAAACAAUACUAUAAUUUAUUAUUUUUGUAAAAGUUCAUUUGAUUAAGUGAAUAUAUAUUUUUUUUGAGUUUUCUCAGUUAAACUCUUGGGCUCUUUUAGUAAGAGAUUAGGCUUUUUUUGUAUUUACCAAUCCUGGCUUUAACUUAACUUUAAGCACAAUGUUCUUAUGGUUCUGAAACGCACUGUAUGCACAAUACACACAUACAUACAUAUAUCGAUAUAUAUAUAUAUAUAUAUAUAUAUAGAUAUGCAUAUAUUUUACGCCUAAUGUAUACAACCAUAGGUAUAACUUAGCUUUAAAUAAAUUUUUGCACAAAUUACUUAACACACCACACUCUCACACACAACAAGCAGCGGCAAACCAAAUGUAUGUAUAGAAAAAAUAAAGCAAUGGAUAUAAACUUAUUGAAUGCACUGUAAGCUUUCAAUGGAAA